AUGGGUUCAUUUGAUGCUGUACGAGCACAAAUGCAGCAUUUGGAGCCGUUUGUACUGUCGGGAUGUAUCAGCGAUUGGAAGGCAUUUGGUUGGACGCGAGAACUGCUGGCGAAAAUUAUACAUCCAUCCGAGAACGGGUUUCUGGGCAUACGAUUGGGCCCGAAGGAACACCGCAGAGGAAACAUUUUAUUCGAAAAUCAGUCAAAAAUGGCAUACAUCUCCAGUCUGGAGCAGUUUUUCAAAUGGUUUGCUGGUGAAGAGAAACUUCUUGUGGACAACAAUUUGGUGGAUAGCACGCAGUGUUGGGGAUAUUUCGAUUACAAUGAUGUUUUCGAUAUUAUGGAUCCGGAACAUAUCAGCGAUAUAAGUUGGGCAUCGCUUGGUCUCCCAGCUGACCCGGUCGAUUCAGCCAUAUGGAUUGGUGGGUAUCCUAGUAUUUCUUCAACUGCUUAUUUGUACUUUGGUUCCGUCUCGUCUGUUAGCAUCUUGCAGCAAUAUUCACCAUGCUGCAAAUUCCUCUAG